CUUCCGUCUCCGUUUCCCUCGUUCUCUUUUAUCUUGAUUUGCUGUCUGUGGAUUGAGUCAGCUGUUUUGUAUGCUGGAAGCUUUGGCUGAGCGCUUUGUUGAGGGGAGAUAGAUCGUGCUGUGUAUACCGAAAGAGGAUGGCGCUUUACAGGAGCCAGUGUCGGGGCAAAAGGAACCGAAUCUCAAAUCCCAAUUAAGAGCCGCAUUCCUGCAACGCACAGAGGUUAGAGUCCCAGAUGGAAAACGACAGAGAGGAUCUCCGUGUUGAUCGCUGACAACGCUCUGACGACUAGAUUACUUGAACUGAUAAUUAAAUAUUGACACCUUGGGGUUACUCUGUCUCUGUGGUCAGUGUGGAGGGAAUUAAACAAAAGUGCCAGAUUGUCGCGACAUUAUUACUUACCGUACAGCAGAAAAGUAGACACGGCAAAAAUGAGAUGCAACGAGUAGCCGAACAUUAUUAUGCAGCCCGGAAACGUGACCACUAACGCCGUAGCGGGCCCUUUGGCUUCUGAAUAUUUAUUUGGUUUCUAGUCAGGGCAAAGGAAGCCUUGGGAAACUCUUUAUGAAGACUGAGGUAUUUAAAGAGGAACUCGAACACGGAAACCAUCAAAGGGUCAUUUCUCCAGAAAGCUGUUUUAUUUUUGGUUGUCUGGUUAUUGAAUGGGCACGGUAGACUAUUAAAGGGACCUGAAAGGACAAGCGCACAACUUAAGCCAAUCAAUGAAGACAAACAGGCGGAUGCUUUAAAUGAAGGGGACGGGCACUGCAUGCCAAUCAAGCGUGAUUCAAGACAGUUAAGAAUGGAGGGUCCUUGUCAUCUGAAAGGUGCUGUGAUUCUACAGGCAUGCUGCUGAAGCCUGUGCUGUACGGAAGCUGGCAGUGAACACGUGGAUUUCAUUUACCGGCCGCGACUUUGCUUUCUUUACAUUCCUUCACGCCGCGCUUUCGGUGACUUGUGGAUGACUUUGGGCUCCAGCUGUAAAAUACCUAUGGAUAUAGAAACGGCACAGAAGAAGCCACUCGAUUUCGAUUUCGUAUUGUCACGCAAUAGAACCUUAAUGCAAGGCAACAUUUACUGAAAACUGAUUUUUGAACUCUUGAACAUUCCGAAACGGACGGAUAAGAGCUUCCCUGAAAGGCACUUACUGGACUUUAUUCUUCUACUUUCUUGCUUAUGUUGCUCGUAUACAUGAGAAACCAUUCUUGAAGCACCUGAAACAAGAAAGGGCUAAAUGAUUGGGAAAUGACGGUAUCCUGAUGUGACAUGGCCUGAACGUACACAGAAUUCAAAAAAAAGCAAAAGAAAAAGGAAAAUAAUGAAGAAGAAAUGCUAUGAAAUUGCAGGGCACAAUAAAGCUACAGCCUGAAAGGACCGUGCGCUUAACUGCUCAAGUUCUCCCACUUUGUAAACUUGCAUGCCCACUGUUUUCUAUUAAAGACUCCCGAGGAGUUGCAGUUGGCAGCGUGAAAGAGGCAAAUCAGCGGCAAACACUGAAGUCAAAUAAAAGGAUAUUUUGGAGCUGGGGUCAAACACCGUAGCAUCAGAAAGAAGAAAGGAACCAUCCCUACAUGGGGCACCAACUCAUGGUGGGAGAACAGAAGGGGCAGAGUCAAUUGUCCUCACCGGGCAUCUUGUUGGUGCUGUGGAGAGAAAAACAGAAGAGAAGGUUAGCGAGAGUACCCGCUCUCGACCCAGGAUGGUAGUAACUGAUUCAGAUGAGCCCAGAAGGUGAUCCACAGACACAAACACCAUCAAUUGAAAACUGGCAAAAGGAUAAUGGCAAAGAUGGAAAACUAGAGAAUGUUUCAGAAAUGUGGGCCACACGGGAAAUAAGCACAAACCAAGCUCAAAAGAGGUUGUAUUGAAGAUAUAAAGAAAAAGUAAAACCUUACACUCUGUUCUUCCAAUCUGCAAAUGUGGCAACUUAACAUUAUCAUCCAGUGAAUUUAAAGCUCUGCACUGAACCUGACUGGUAAUAAACCAAUAACUGUUUCACACAAAGAAAACUGAAUGUUUACCUCUCCCUUGUAAGCCAGAAGAAGGUGCUCCAGUGACUAGAGGAAGUCCAUUUCCCACUGCGGGAGGAAUACAGAUGGCUUGCCAUGGAGGGACAGCAAUGAGUGCUCUUUACUGGUGUGUGGCGCUUGUGGCUUUAAUGCAGGCAGCUGGAGUCAGAGGGGACUGCUGGCUUAUUGAAGGGGAGAAAGGCUUUGUAUGGCUGGCCAUUUGUAGCCAGAAUCAGCCCCCAUAUGAGGCAAUCCCACAGCACAUCAACAGCACUAUCGUGGAUCUUCGCCUAAAUGAGAACAAAAUCAAAAGUAUUCAGUACUCCUCUCUUAGUCGGUUUGGAAACCUUACUUACCUGAACUUGACCAAGAAUGAGAUUUCCUACAUCGAGGAUGGGGCAUUUUCUGCCCAGUUCAACCUGCAGAUCCUGCAGCUCGGCUUUAACCGGCUAAGGAACUUGACAGAAGGGAUUCUACGGGGCUUGGGUAAGCUGCAGUAUCUCUAUCUGCAGGCCAAUCUGAUCGAGACAGUAACCCCCAAUGCCUUCUGGGAAUGUCCUAACAUUGAAAAUAUAGACUUGUCCAUGAACCGGAUACAGAGGUUGGACAGUGCGACUUUUUCUGGCCUGAGCAAACUCACCACGUGUGAGCUGUACACUAACCCUUUCUAUUGCUCUUGUGACCUCCUGGGCUUCCUAAAGUGGCUGGCAGUUUUUCCAAAUCGAACCAAUGAGCGAAUGCAGUGCGACUCCCCCAGUAACCUUGCCGGUUUUAGCCUCUUGAGCCAGAAUCCCAACCAGCCUAACUACAGGAAUGCUCUGAGUAUUCUUUUUAAUGAGUGCUCCGAUGACACAGAAAGACCCGUUUACAUUCCCCCCAGCUUUCCAAGCAACACAUCCCCUCCGCCAGACACACCAUGUGGGCUGGAUGACUGUGGUUCAGGUUCAGAACCUAAUAUUAUGAUUACUAUUAAUACUCCUUAUCCAGAUGCUGAUGUUAAGCCCAUUAUGCAGCUUGCACAUGUGACUCACUCCAGUGUUACCCUAAUGGUGCAAAUUCCUUACCCCUACAGCAAAAUGUACAUUCUUGUCCUUUACAACAACAGUUUCUAUCAGGACCUCCGAAACCUCCGAAAUGAGAAGGAGCUGGUAACACUCAGCGGGUUGAAAGCCCACACCGAGUACACAUACUGCGUGGCUUCAAUCCGUAACUCCCUGCGAUAUAACCACACAUGUCUAACCAUCAAUACUCGAAACAACAUUGUUUCCGAACCCGAAAGCAUUCCUUCCACUGCCACUCAUUACAUUAUGACCAUUCUAGGUUGCCUCUUUGGAAUGGUCAUUGUUUUAGGUGUGGUUUACUACUGCCUUCGCAAGAAAAGACAGCAGGAUGAAAAGCACAAAAAGGCAGGGAGCAUGAAAAAGACAAUCAUAGAGCUGAAAUAUGGAGCUGAGCUGGAAAGUGGCACCAUCUCCCAACUCACUCAGAAGCAGAUGAUGGCUGGAGAAAGCAUGCCCCGGAUGCCAUAUCUGCCUUCCGCUGGGGAGUUGGAGCAGUACAAACUCCAAGACAUUAGCGAUACACCGAAAGGAACCAAGGGGAAUUAUAUUGAGGUGCGAACUGGGGAGCAACCUGACCGUAGAGAAUGUGAUUUAUCCAUCGCCGGCAAUAACCAAGGUUCAGUGGCUGAAAUCUCAACCAUUGCAAAAGAAGUGGACAAGGUCAAUCAGAUUAUCAACAACUGCAUUGAUGCUUUAAAAUCGGAAUCCACCUCCUUCCAGGGAGUAAAAUCUGGAGCCGUGUCCACAGCCGAGCCCCAGUUAAUGCUGAUCUCAGAGCAACCGCAGAGCAAAUCUGGCUUCCUGUCUCCAGUGUACAAAGACAGCUACCAUCACCCUUUGCAACGGCACCACAGCAUGGAAGCAGCACCCAAGCGGUCCAGUACUUCAUCAAGUGGCUCCGUUCGGAGUCCCAGAUCCUUUCGGUCAGAAGGAGCAUACAAGUCAGAAGCAAAGUAUAUCGAGAAGACAUCACCUACUGCGGACACAAUUCUGACCGUGACACCAGCAGCAGCCAUCCUCAGAGCAGAGGCGGAGAAAAUCAGACAGUACAGCGAGCACAGGCACUCCUAUCCUGGGUCACACCAGGGUGAACAGCUCGAGGGACCUGGCAGCCGCAAACCAUCCAUCUUGGAGCCUCUGACCCGUCCCCGUCCAAGAGAGCUAGCCUAUUCCCAGCUUUCGCCACAGUAUCACAAUCUCAGCUAUUCUUCCAGCCCCGAGUACUCGUGCAAACCUGCACACAGCAUUUGGGAGCGCUUCAAACUGCACCGCAAGCGACACAAAGAAGAGGAGUACAUGGCAGCUGGUCAUGCACUGCGCAAAAAAGUGCAGUUUGCCAAGGACGAGGACUUGCAUGACAUUUUAGACUACUGGAAGGGUGUGUCGGCCCAGCACAAAUCUUGAUUCUUCUCUGACUUUUGUUUUAAAGUUGGACCAAAUUAAGAAAAGAAAAAAAAAAAAACAAAAAACAAAACAAAAUCAACUCAAUUAAAAAAAAAAAAAACUACAAGAAGAAACUCUUCUGCAGCUAUUUUUAUUAAAGAAAAAAAAAUAGUUUCUGGACAAAGUCAUUUCAAAGUAGAAAUGUGAGAGUUUAUGCGCCAAAAAAAAUGAACUCGGCAAAACUGUAUACAUUCAUUUUUUUAAAGAUUAAAAACAACAAAAAAGCAUUGGAUUAUAAUAACUUGGGUAUCGCAUGGCCGUGUCCUGUGACUCUGUGGAUUAACUAUUGUGUACUUUGAAAGAAAAAAAAAAAAAGAAAAAAGAGAACAAAUACAAACCCUGUGUCCACUGAACACUCUGUAUACAAGACUCUCUAACUGUGCAAAUGUUUCUGUCGGAGAUCUACACCCACAUGCACACUGUUUUCACACACCGCAUUGUAAAGUUAUUAUUUAUCAGUGAAUUCUACGUACAAAAGAUAUGUACAGAUAAAAUUUCUAUAUUUGCAAGUCUGCUGUAAAAAUAUAUAGAUAUAUAUAAAUAUAUAUAUAUAUCACCUAUUUGUACCAGGUUUUAAAUCAUGGAUUUCAGAGACAAAUUGUUCAUUUUUGUCUCCAAUGAAUGUCUCUCUGUCCUGAUGGAUAAAAUUGCACUGUUCAAUGAAAUGGUACAUACUUCUAGAACACAUCCUGCCUAUUAUUUGCUCUCACCCUCUCUUUCACAUAUCACUUGCAGACGUUACAAAUCAUCCUUCAAACUGCUAACCGUACAAAGCUCAUCCACUCUCUGUCUGUCUCGCUCGCUCGCGCGCUCUCUUUCUAGUUGAAUUAUGUAUUACCGAAGUGCUGUGAUAAAAGAGUCCUUACCUGCUCAGCUGAUGUCCUGGACGCCAAAUUAAAUUUUCAUUUAUGGGGAAGGGUGUAUUUAAAUCAUUAAUAUUAAUAUAACAUCUCUUUGCCUUUUCCUGCUCUCUUGUCCAAUAAGCUCAUUUACUUUGUUAUAAAACUAAUCACUGUGCAUAUUGCGUGAUUUGAUUUUGCUAUUUUUUUUUAAACUCCUGCAUAUUGUACAUUUCACAGGAACUUCAAGAAUUGAUUUAUUGAUUACGGCUGCCUAAAUGUAUAAGGUAAUAACAGAAGCACAAUGUCAUUAAUGAA